AUGCCAGCGCCCAGGCCGGCCAAGGCGCGCACGGAGAACAACUCCCCGACCUUCUCCUCCUCGGGCGACCCCUGCCUCGACUUCUUCUUCCACGUCGUCCCGGACACCCCGGCGUCCUCGGUCACCUCGCUCCUCGCCGACGCAUGGGCCGCCGAGCCGCUCACCGCGCUCCGCCUCGCCUGCAACCUCCGCGGCGUGCGCGGCACCGGCAAGGCCGACCGCGACGGGUUCUACGCCGCCGCGCUCUGGAUGCAGGACACCCACCCCGCCACGCUCGCCCUCAACGCCCGCGCCAUCGCCGACAUCGGCUGCCUCAAGGACUUCCCCGAGAUCCUCCACCGCAUCGUCAACGGCGACGGCCGUUUCCCGCGCUUCAGCGCCAGCCGCCCGCGCCGGGCCAUCUCGCGCGAGGAGGCCCUGGAGCUCAAGCGGCUCCGCAGGGAGGCGGCCGCCAGGGCCGUCGAGCGGCACGCCCGUGACCAAAGGUACCGCUUCCUCCACGACCGCACAGCCGACCUGUUUGCCGAAAUGCUCGCCGAGGGCAUGGAGAAGCUCGCGGCCGGCAGGCUCGCGGAGCUCUCGCUCGCCGCGAAAUGGUGCCCGUCGCUCAACAGCCAGUACGACUGCUCCACGCUGCUCUGCGAGGCCAUAUCCCGCCGCCUCUUCCCCGAAGGGUCCGUGCCGCAGCUCUUCGCCUCCGGGUCCGACGAAGACGUCCCGGGCGCGUCUUACUACGCCUACCGCGCGCAUCUGCGGAAGACGGUGCUCGUGCCGCUCCGCCGCGCGCUCCAACUGCCGGAGAUCUUCGUGGCGGCGCGCGCGUGGGGGGAAGUUGUGUACCCUCGGGUGGCCUCCGUGGCCAUGAGGAACUACAGGGACCUCUUCUUCGAGCACGACGGCGAGCGGUUCGGCCUCUACCUCGACAGCGUCAGGGCCCGCAAGGCCAAGAUCGCGGCCGGCGCGCUGCUCCCGCACCAGAUCAUCGCGUCCGUCGCCUACCCCUACGGCAGCCGCGACAACGAGGUCGCCGAGCUGCAGUGGUGGCGCACGGUGGACGACCUGCUGGCGCUCGGCAGCCUCAGCAACUGCCUCGCCGUCUGCGACGUGUCGGGGAGCAUGAGCGGGCUCCCCAUGAACGUCUGCGUCGCGCUCGGCCUCCUCCUCUCCGAGCUCUGCGACGAGCCGUGGCGCCACUGUGUGAUCACCUUCAGCCAGCGGCCGCAGCUGCACCAUGUCCGGGGCGAGAACCUCUGGGAGAAGACGCGGUCCAUCAGCCGCAUGCAGUGGGACAUGAACACGGACUUCCAGGCGGUGUUCGACCAGCUCCUCCGCGUGGCGGUCGCCGGGAACCUGCCCGCGGAGCGGAUGGUGAGGAAGGUGUUCGUGUUCAGCGACAUGAAGUUCGACCAGGCGUCGUCGAGGCCGUGGGAGACGGACUACGAGGCCAUCACCAGGAAGUUCGCCGAGGCAGGGUACGGCGACGCCGUGCCGCAGGUGGUGUUCUGGAACCUGCGGGACUCGAGGUCCGUGCCGGUCUUGGCGGAGCAGAAAGGGGUGGCGCUCGUCAGCGGCUUCUCCAAGAACAUGCUCAAGGUGUUCCUCGACGGCGGCGACGCCAUGUCGCCGAGGGCCGUCAUGGAGAAGGCCAUCGCCGGGCCGGAGUACCAGAAGCUCGUCGUGUUCGAUUGA